AUGGGUGUAGACGAGAAUGAGGAGGAAGAGAAAGAGAAAGAUGAUGGUAGCGAGGAUGGGGCGUAUACAGGAGUACUGAGUGAGGGUGACGACGAGGAGGAAGAGCGAGUAAGAGAAGGAAAAUUUGAAGAGGCUCUGUUCAAGAAGGCCCAUCCGAACGGAUAUCCUUACCACGGACUGUCUUUUGCCUUUCAAUGGACUAAUGAGCCCAGACACCUGAACCCAGGUAGCGUUCGCGAGUACGACCGCCGCGCAUACGCAAGGGUCUCCUCAACAACACAGCCCCGCCGUAAAGACGAGGGACAAACGAAAAUAUCUCCGCCUGAAUAUCCUGAAGAUCUGUCAGUUCUCGGAUCAUGGUGCUGUGGCAAAGUAGAUUGCAAGAUUCACAAGCAUUCAUCCCGUAAGUUCCAAGAAUCUAACAAGUUCCGGACAAUUCAAGAGAAAAUUAUACGAAUGUUGCACCGGUCUAGACUUUCGGUAGAUGAAUGGAGUUCAUAA